UGAAGAAAAUUUAGUCUAAAAAUGAAGCUUAACAGAAAAUUAUCAAGCAAGAUUCCAACUAUCGGUGUCAGAAAAAGAUCUGAGCUUGACAAGCAAUCUCUGCUCAAAAGAACCAAGUCAAGUCUCAACUUCUCAAUGGCAAAUAGGAAGCCGAGGAGAUCUCGCAAGCAGAGACAGAUGGUUAAGAAACUUGAGGACCCAAAGUUAUUACAGAACCAUCUUAAGCAAGAAACAAUAUCACAGGAGAGAGGACUAGGCAAGCAACUUAAGACUCCUAAUCGAUUGAUAAAGGAGAAGCCUAAACAAGACUCUCCUCUUCAGAGCAGUCAUCAAGGAGAGCAACAGACGAACGAUGCCUUAGAGUCAGAUAAGAUUAUAGAGGAGGAAACUGUAAAGAACAUCAUGCCAAAAGCUUCUUCUCAGAGUCAGUUCCACACAAACUUGAAUUUCAUAAAGGAAGUAGCCAGUGGGAUCUCUCCAACACCGAAGCACAAAUUGGUGCAUGAUUUUAAUUACCGAACCAAACUUGAGAAUGGAUCUAUCGCUAGUGAAAAGAACUUAUUUGGGUCCCAAUGCACUAAUGACCAAGCUGAGGAACUCUCAAAAAUUAACCUAUUGGAUAGCUUCCAGCAUGACCACACUAGUAUGAAGUCCUACCUGAACAAACUAGAGUCAGCACAUAGCUCUCCGGUAAAAUUCUUUGGGUCUCAAAGAAAGAUGGGAAGACUAAACAGGUUUAAUGACUCUGUUGAUUUUCCUUCUUCUGAGAAGGUCUCUUGUAGCCCCAUAAGCACAGUGAAAAAGAGGAAGCACAAUCUUAUGUCAGAGUCUCAAUCUGACCUUAAGUUUACCUCUUUGCGCCCUAAACAAUCAAAGGGGCUUCAAAAGAUAUCCAGCAAGUACCUCCAGAAUUUACAAAGAAAAUUUUAAUCCGGGUGGAACUAGAGCUAUUAAGAAAGUAAUCAAUCUGUAUGAAGCGUGUAAAGCAAAUAACUCCUACUCUUCUGGCAUGAAUGAUCAGUACAAGAGCAACUUGAAGUUGCAUGUUGGCCAGAACCACACCAAGCCUAAGUACAAGAGUCCUCUGAGGCAGAGUGACCAUGUCUAUGGAGAGAAAGAUAUUGACAACAAAAUCUACAGGAUCGCUGAUAAGAUUAAGAAACAGUUUAGAAAGUCUAAAAAUUAAGUUGAUAUUAACCCAUUUUCUCAAAUCAUAAAU